AUGCCCUCCAUAUUAUCCAAAGAGUUUUUCCAAUCCAAAAGAAAGCUGAGAGAGAAACUAAACGACUUCUCCGCCGCCACACAGCUGGAAAGGUCCAUCGAGAACUCGAGAGAACCCAACCACAACAAAGCAAAAGAACCGUCUCCGAGCCCCAUCGACAACCAACACGAGAAUCUACAUAUUCAAUUCGAGAAGGAUGUUUCACAUCCGAAACAUGAACAAAGGGGGAGAAGCGAGGCUAAAAAUAAUAUUAACGAAGAUGAUGGAAAGAGACCCUCUGCGAAAAAAUCAUUCAGUUCCAAAUCCAUAUUGAGCUUCUUGGGGAAGAACUCAGAAGCAGCCACAGAAUCUAAAUCUAAAUCUAGGUCAAGAUCAAGAUCAAGGGGCAGAUCCAAGAUAAGAGCCUUGAGAAAUAAUGAAAGAAGCCCUUCUAGGUCCCGGUCAAGAUCCAAAUCAGAACAUGGAAUGAGUUUGUCUACAGUAUCUUCCAAUAUUACACAAUCGACAUUCCAAUCGCACUCUGAAAGCACUUUCACAGAUUCAUUCUCCAGAUCAGAUUCAUCCACUUCUCUUGUGGAAUUGAAACGGUUCUUCAAGAGACCACAGUUACCCAAACCAAAGUCAUUUAGAGUCGAGCCAUCAUCACCACCACCAACCAAUGAAGAGCCAUUGUCAUCGCUAAAUGAUCAGUUCAAGGCGUUACUACGUCCUCCCUUGAGACCAUCCCGCUCACAACCAACAAUGAUCUCUUGGGAUACGGGCAUUGUAAUCCAUCACGAUCCAGCGCAAAUCACAAGAAAAUAUGGUCAUGUCACCCAGAAAUUGGGGUCAGGUGCCAAUGGCUGUGUGGUGCAAUUACAAAAUCACUCCAAUGACAAACGAUUCGCCAUGAAGACAUUUAAACCCAAUCCAAACGGUGAAACAACAAAACAAUAUCAAAAGCGUUGCAUCAAAGAAUUUAUACUCAGUUCCCAUCUAUCCCAUCCAAACAUUAUUGAAACUUUGGAUAUAUUUUACAACCCAUCGGGACAGAUUUCGGAAAUAAUGGAAUGGUGCCCUCACGAUUUCUUCAAUAUCGUCAUGUCUAGGACUCACCUCCUCACCAGAAGAGAAACAUUCUGUUAUUUCAAACAAUUAUGCAAUGGGGUCAGAUACUUACAUACGCUUGGUAUUGCCCAUCGUGAUCUGAAAUUAGAUAACUGUGUCAUCACAUAUAAUGGGAUCUUGAAAUUAAUAGAUUUCGGUAGUGCUACUAUUUUCCAACUAAAUAAAUCGACCGAGGAAAAGCCUGAAUUGAUUCCCUCCCGAGGUAUAGUAGGAAGUGAUCCCUAUUUGGCACCAGAGGUAUUGUUAUCUAAGGAAAUUCCAUACGAUGCUUCAUUAGCCGAUGUUUGGUCCCUAGGAAUAAUAUUUUGUGCUAUAAUGUUGAAACGAUUUCCCUGGAGGAUACCAUUAGCAUCUAAGGACCAUAAUUAUGAACUGUAUAGUAAACCAGAUUUGGAACCACACGAUUAUGUCCAAUCAGCCAAGGUACACGAAAAAUUAUUGAAAGAGAAAAGAGCACUAAGGAAGAAGUUACAACGUAAAAAUAAGGAGGUGACCAUGUCUGAUUUUGAGCAAGAUAUGAUUGUGGAGGAAUUAGUACUCCCCACUUUGAGACAAAGUGAAAGUUCGGUAAAGUCUAUGCCACUGGAGGAAGAUAAAAGAAUUACCAUAUCGGAUAAGAAAAAAUUAAGAUAUGGAAAAUACAGACUAAUGAGGAAGUUGCCGCAUGUUUCCAGACCCAUUAUGUCGCAGAUACUAGAAAUUGAUUCUUUUAAGAGAGCCACAGUGAACGAUUUGUUUAAAGAUGAAUGGUUUAAGAACAUCCCUUAUUGUAAAGUAGACACCAUCGAUGGACGAUACAUUAGAGCAGCCGGCCACAGGCAUAUCUUGCCAAAUCACCCAACAACUACAACAGCAAUCGAAGACUCAGAUGCAGAGAAAGCAUCUGGCUUAUAG